AUGUUUAAAAAAUACGAUUUGGAAUUUUCUAAUUUACUUUCUGGUUCGAAGACAUUUAGCGGUGUAUCUAAAACAAUCCAGAAUGAAUUAAUAGAAUCACUUAGUUACAUUUUGAGUAACUUUAUUGAAUUUGAGAUUCAGGAAACCAUUUGCUUUUUACUAGAAGUAGAUGAAACUACCGACAUAUCAUGUCAUUCACAAUUAUCAAUUGUUGUUCAAUACGCGUUAUGUGGUAAUAUCUAUGAGAGGUUUUUAGGUUUUACAGACGUGAGUAAAAGCCAUAAGGCAGAAUAUAUUUUUGGUGUUUUAAAGGAUAGAUUAAAAUUUUUAGAUAUCAAAAAUAAAUUGGUAGGGCAAACUUAUGACGGCGCUGCCGUGAUGUCUGGUGAAUUAAAUGGUCUGCAGGCAAAAGUUAAAACUAUUACACCGCAAGCUUUAUUUACUCACUGUCAUGCGCAUAGAAUGAAUUUAGUUUUGCAGGAUACAUAUCAAACAGCUGCCCCUACUGUAAAUGUUAAGAAAAAGGGAAAAUGUUCAAGUUCUGAUUCUAUUUUCCCGCCUAUAGUUAUAACUGUUUCGCCUGACAACCAAGCUAUAGUCCAUAAUAUUAAUGUAUACAAUCCUGAUGAUAUAGUGGGUUGA